AUGGAUCCAAGAGAACAGUUCGAAAGACUGCAGCGAAAUCUGCAAGCUCGCGGCCGCGGCUUUGGCGGCGGCGCUGCUGGUCCUGGCGGACGUGCUUUUGGCGGACUGCUACUUCUAGGCGCCGCGGGAAUUGUUCUUUCAAAUUCUCUGUUCAAUGUUGACGGUGGCCACCGAGCUAUCAAAUACACCAGGCUUGGGGGUGUUAAACCCGACAUCUAUAGCGAAGGCACACACAUCCGGAUACCCUGGUUUGAGACCCCGAUCGACUACGACGUGCGCGCCCGUCCCAGAAUCGUUUCAUCUCUCACUGGUACAAAAGAUCUGCAGAUGGUGAACAUCUCCUGUAGAGUUCUAUCUCGGCCCAACGUCCCGAACCUUGCCCAGAUUUACCGAACCCUCGGACAAGAUUACGACGAGCGCGUUCUUCCCUCCAUUGUCAAUGAGGUUCUUAAGGCUGUUGUCGCCCAAUUCAACGCCAGUCAACUCAUUACUCAGCGUGAGAGCGUUGCGCGGUUGGUGCGCGAGAAUCUCUCGCGCCGUGCCGCUCGCUUCAACAUUCUCCUAGACGACGUAUCUCUGACUCAUCUCGCCUUCUCUCCCGAGUUUACUGCGGCUGUCGAAGCGAAGCAGGUUGCUCAACAAGAAGCCCAGCGUGCUGCGUUCGUGGUCGAUCGCGCAAGACAAGAGAAGCAAGCGACGGUCGUUCGGGCCCAGGGUGAGGCUCGUUCAGCUGAGCUCGUCGGUGAGGCGAUCAAGAAGUCGCGAAGUUACCUGGAUCUCAGGAAAAUUGAGAAUGCCCGACAGAUCUCGACGAUCCUGGCCGAAAGCGGAGGCAAGAACAAGUUAUACCUCGACUCCGAGGGUCUCAGCUUGAACGUGUAUGAUAGGGCGGACAGGGCCAGCCCCAAGUAA